AUGGCAUCAGCUCAGGAGCAUGAUGGUCAAGUGACACUCGGAGUUGAGCUCGAGUUCCUUGCGACCAUGCCUUGGUCCACGGAGGACAUCUGGAAGAUCCCAGAGGAGAAGGUUCUGUGGAACAGGACACAUGCUCGUCAUGCGCUGAGCCAAGAUUUGGCCAACGCUGGGCUUCCUACGGUCACCAUUUGCCGCCAUUCGGGCCACAAAGCUGAGCACUGCUGCGUCUGCCAGCACAACAACAAAGGUAAGUCUUCACAGCAAGGCAGUCGCCAGGUCGGCCUCUACCUCCCACAAGGUACUAACAUCGACCCGCAGAAUGCAUCCAUGUUAGAGGCUGAUUUCAACACUGUGGAUGAAGAGAUCCUCGGAGCCCGCGACUUGUUUGGCAAAGACUGGCAGGGCUUAGAAAUUGCGAGUGCUGUCUUCACUUCUCAGACCAUGGCCAAGAUUCUGCCCGUCUUUGAUGUGAUCAACACCAGGGACCAUGUCAUCAACGACAGCUGUGGCAUGCACAUUCAUGCUGGUUUUACAGACGGUCUUUCCCAUUUAGAGGCCAAGAAAAUUGUCACCGUGGUUGCCUUGGUCGAAGGCUGCUUUAUUAGGCAGAUUUUGCCAGCGGAUCGUCUUGAUUCGCUGUUCAUCGACACAAUUUCCACAGAGUCCAAUCUGAGCUCUGAGGCGCACCGUGCAGCCUUGUUCGAGGGUGCGCAGGCUGCUUCAUCAUCUUCAAUUCCCGUGACGGACGAGAUGCGAGCCCAUUUGCCGCAAGUUGUGCUUGAGAUGCGAAAGAAGGGAUGGAACAAGAACAUUGGCCACCUUCAACUCAAGAACUUGAUCAAGAGUAUCUGGAACACGAACAACAUGUACGAGCUUGCUCGCGGCAUCCUCAUCAAAGGCGGCAACAUGCGCGGCGGUGCUGCCAUUUGCCUCCGUCUGCCACACAAGAGAGUGAUUCUGCGCAACCCUCUUCGUGAUGAUAUUCCAUACAAGACCCCGUCUUCGAUCGAGUUUCGCUACCCGCCCAUGAAGGCUGACAAGGACCACUUCAAGCUGUGGAUUGAACUCGUCGAGACAAUCAUGCAUUUCGGUAAGAUGACUGACACGGUCUACUCUCAACGCCUUGGCCGUCUUGUUAGUGUUCUGAAUGGAUGUUCUGCCAUCGGGCAGUCAUGGACGCAUGUUCUUGGUGAGCUUGGCUUAGGCGAGCGCAUCGAGGCUUGGAAGGCACACAAGCGCGGCGAUCAUUAA